AUGAAACCCUCAAUCUUGGCUCCUCCUGUUAGAAAUAGGCCAAUGAGGUUGUACAUUUCAGCUUCGGAAUCGACUAUAGGUAGUAUGUUAGUCCAAGAAAAUGAAAAUGGUGUCGAAAGACCUGUAUAUUAUCUUAGUCGAAUGCUUAAUGGUCUAGAAACUAGGUAUAGUGAUAUAGAAAAACUAUGUCUAUGCUUGUAUUUAUCUUGUAUCAAAUUAAAGCAAUAUAUCAAGCCAGUUGAUGUUUACGUGUCUUCUCAUUUUGAUAUUACAAAACACAUGCUUUCCAAACCAAUCUUGCAUAGUCGAAUUGGUAAAUGGGCUUUAGCAUUGACUGAAUAUUCUUUGACUUAUUUGCCUUUAAAAGCGAUAAAAGGGCAAGUGGUGGCUGAUUUCCUUGUCAACCAUUCAACGGUCGAAAUGGCUCAAAACUAUGUGGAUACAGUGCCAUGGAAGUUAUACUUCGACUGUUCCAGUCACAAGAACCGUUCUGGUAUUGGACGAGUUAUAAUUUCUCCAGCUGGAAUUCCAGCAGAGUUCAAAUUGCUAAAGAGGUUCGAACAAGUGAAUAUUCGACACAUACCACGAAAGGAGAAUCAGGAAGCUAAUGAUUUGGCGCAAGAGGCCUCAGGGUACAAGGCUUUGAAGGAUCAAAAUGAAGAGGAGAUUCAGGUAAGAGAGAAGGUACGUGCAACGUUGUUAUCACCUUCAGACUUGUCGAUCAUAAAGUUGGGAGUUGUGGAUAAUGAAAACUUUGAAAUCAUGACUAUUGAUGAUAUGGGAGGGAAUGAUUGGCGAAAGCCAAUAGUCGAUUAUCUACGUAAUCCUACGGGGUUGACAGAUCGCAAGAUCAAAUACAGGGCUCUUAGCUAUGUCUUAAUGGGAAAUGAGUUGUUUAAAAAGACAAUUGAAGGAGUUUUGCUUAAAUGCCUGGGAGAGAAUGAAGCAUUCGUGUCUGUGUCGAAUGUACAUAGUGGGACAUGUGAUGCACAUCAAGCUGGGCAGAAAAUGAGAUGGUUGUUAAUGCGUUCAGGGGUUUAUUGGCCUUCCAUGUUGAAAGAUUGCAUUGAAUUUUCCAGAGGUUGUCAGGAAUGCCAAUUGCAUGGGGGCAUACAGCAUAUGCCUGUAAGCGAGUUACAUAUGAUUAUAAAACCAUGGCCAUUCAGAAGAUGGGCAUUAGAUGUGAUUGGAGAAAUAAGACCAUCUUCAUCAAAGAAGCAAAAGUAUAUUUUGGUCGGUAUUGAUUAUUUCACAAAGUGGGUCGAAGCUGUAGCAUUAACAAAUGUGGACCAGGAGACUGUCAUAGAUUUCAUUCAAAAUCACAUUAUGUGCAGAUUUGGAGUUCCAGAAACAAUUACUACUGAUCAGGGGACAAUUUUCACUGGUCGAAAGGUGCAAGAUUUCACAAAGGAAGUUAGAAUUAAGUUAUUGACGUCGACACCUUAUUAUGCGCAGGCAAAUGCUCAAGUAGAGGCAGCCAACAAGGUGAUAAUAAGCCUCAUAAAGAAACAUGUAGGCAAGAAACCAAAAAAAUUGGCAUAA